CCGAUGUUGAACAUGUCCUCCCCCAGCGAGCUGAAGUCUCCCUGUGUGACUCGUAACGGCAUGGUGAAGCUCCCCCCCAGCCAGCCCAACGGCCUGGGCAGCGCCAGCAUCACCAAGGGGACCCCCGCCGCCAAGAACCGCCUGUGCCAGUCCUCCUCGGUACCCUCCAUCCUGCCCCCCCCGCCCUCCUCCCUGCCCUACCAGCACCACCACCACCUGGACGGCCCCGGCCUGCCCCACCCAGCCUCCUCUCUGCUGGACAUGGAGCCCGGGAAGCCUCUGGUGGGCCUGAAGCCGUCCCUCCGUCAGCUGCCCCCCCUCACCCUCCCCAAGCCCCUGCUGCUGGAGCGCCAGCUGGUGCUGGACGAGAAGCUGCUGAACCAGCUGCUCUGGUACUUCACCACGGCCGAGAAGUGCAUGCUGGCGCAGGUCUGCAAGACAUGGCGCAAGGUGCUGUACCAGCCCAAGUUCUGGGAGGGGGUGACCCCCAUCCUGCACGCCAAGGAGCUGUACACCCUGCUACCCAGCGGGGAGAAGGAGUUCGUCAGCCUGCAGGCCUUCGCUCUGCGGGGCUUCCAGUCUUUCUGCCUGGUGGGCGUCUCAGACCUGGACAUUUGUGAGUUCAUCGACAACUACCCGCUGUCCAAGAAGGGGGUCCGCUCCGUCAGCCUGAAGAGGUCCACCAUCACCGACGCAGGGCUGGAGGUGAUGUUGGAGCAGAUGCAGGGCCUGAUGCACCUGGAGCUGUCGGGCUGUAACGACUUCACGGAGGCCGGGCUGUGGUCCAGCCUGAACGCCCGCCUCACCUCGCUCAGCGUCAGCGACUGCAUCAACGUGGCGGACGACGCCAUCGCUGCCAUCUCUCAGCUGCUGCCCAACCUGUCCGAGCUCAGCCUGCAGGCCUACCAUGUGACCGACACCGCCAUGGCCUACUUCACCGCCAAGCAGGGCUACACCACCCACACCCUGCGGCUCCACUCCUGCUGGGAGAUCACCAACCACGGGGUGGUGAACAUGGUGCACAGCCUGCCCAACCUGACGGCCCUCAGCCUGUCCGGCUGCUCCAAGAUCACAGACGACGGCGUAGAGCUUGUGGCUGAGAACCUGAGGAAGCUCCGCAGCCUGGACCUGUCCUGGUGCCCCCGCAUCACCGACAUGGCCCUGGAGUACAUCGCCUGUGACCUGCACAAGCUGGAGGAGCUGGUGCUGGACAGGUGUGUGCGGAUCACAGACACCGGGCUGGGCUACCUGUCCACCAUGUCGUCAUUAAGGAGCCUCUAUCUGCGCUGGUGCUGUCAGGUUCAAGAUUUCGGUCUGCAGCAUUUGUUUGGGAUGAGGAGUCUUCGCCUACUGUCUCUUGCAG